AUUUAACAAAAUGAUAAAUUCCGGGAAAUCAUAUUUAGAUGCCGCACAUGAUCGUUUUGAAGAUAACAUCGGACUCUACUAUAAAGAAAAGGAUAAUAAAGUAGUUGCAAACCUUGCCAAUAUGAAGCCGACCACCUUUCAAGACAAGAACCAGGUAGAAAGAGCAGCUAUGUUGUGCUAUUUCGUUGAUGAUUAUGGAAAAUGGUUUAAGGCCUUAUACCCCUACGAGCCUUAUUUCUACGUAAAAUGUGAAGCUAAGGAUGCAAGAGAUGUGAUCCUAUACCUCAACACUACCUUUGGAGACUCUCAUAAGAGCGGGCAAGGAAAAGAGAAAGAGGCUUAUAACAAGAUCUCCCAGAUUGAUUAUGUAGAUAAGGAAGAUCUUGACCUUCCAAACCAUCUCUCUGGUAAGACACAGAAGUACCUGAAGAUCCAUUUUAAAACAGUUGAGGAUCUUAUGGAAGUCAGAAGAGAGCUCAGAACCAUUAUCAGCAGAAACAAAGAAACUCUAGCAAAGAUCAAAGAGGCUGAGAACAUCUUCAUGAAAGACGUUGAAAUGGAGGAAGAGGAGAACUUCUUGAUGAAGAUCAUUGAGCUGAGAGAAUAUGAUGUUAGAUACUACAACAGAGUUUGUAUUGACAAUGAAAUUAGAGUGUCUUUUUGGUACGAACUUGAUAUUGAAGAGGAGAAAAUUACAAGAAUGACUCAUCUCACUGAAAAAUUGGACAAGCCUGAAUUAAAGAUAUUUGCAUUCGAUAUUGAAACUACUAAAGCAGAGCUGAAGUUCCCAGAUGCCCAAAAUGAUUCAAUCAUGAUGAUCUCCUACAUGAUAGAUGGCAAAGGAUACCUUAUUACAAACAGAGAGAUUAUCAGUGAAGAUAUUGAGGAUUUCGAAUACACUCCUCUACCUGAGUAUGUUGGAGAAUUUACAGUGUUUAAUGAACCAAAUGAGAAGGCACUUCUGGAUAAGUUCUUUCAGCACAUUAGAGAGACAAAGCCUUUCAUAUUUGUAACUUAUAAUGGAGACAACUUCGAUUGGCCCUUCAUUGAGACAAGAGCGAAGAUUAACCAUAUGAACCUUGAAGAUGAGAUCGGCAUUUAUGCAGAUAGAGGAAGGUUAGAAGCUAAGUACUAUGGAAGAUUCGCAGCCCAUCUUGAUUGACUCUAUUGGGUUAUCAGAGAUGCAUACCUCCCACAAGGAUCUCAUGGACUGAAAAAGGUGGCUAACGCUAAGUUAGGGUAUGAUCCUGUUGAACUUGAUCCAGAGAAAAUGAUGGACUAUGCAAGAAAUAGGCCUCAUGAUCUGGCUGCUUAUUCAGUAUCAGAUGCUUUGGCAACUUAUUAUUUGUAUGAAAAGAUGAUUCAUGAUUUCAUAUUUGCCUUGUGUACUAUCAUCCCCUCUCAUCCUGACGAUGUGCUUAGGAAAGGAUCAGGAACUUUGUGUGAAGAGUUAUUAAUGGCUCAAGCAUACAGAGGAAACAUCAUUUUCCCUAACAAGAAGGAAAGCAAGUUUGAACGAUUCCACAACAAUCACCUGAUAGAAACUGACACUUAUGUUGGAGGACAUGUCGAAGCAUUGAAGACAGGAAUCUACAGAUCUGACUUCCCUCAAAAAUUCCCAGUCGAUAAGGAAGCAUACCAACAACUGAUAAAUGACGUUGAUAAUGUCAUUAACUUCUCAAUUACAGUUGAAAAUGAACUAGAUCCUUCUGAAGUUACUAAUAUUGAAGAAGUCAAGCAAGCAGUAAUUGAUAAGCUCCAGGCCUUCAUAGACACAGGAAAGAAGAAUGUAACAAGAGAUCCUUUGAUAUAUCAUGUUGAUGUCUCUGCAAUGUAUCCCAAUAUUAUUCUAUCCAACAGACUUCAACCUGUAGCCAUUGUUGACAAUGAGACUUGUGCUCACUGUUGCUUUAAUUAUGAAGGAAGUAAUUGUAAGAGAACUCUUGACUGGCAAUGGAGAGUCACUCACUACCCACUGGUCAAAAGUGAAUACGAGAACUUGAAGAAGAAGCUUCUGAACGAGCUUGAAGGCCAAGAAGUCACAGAGGAAGACUUCAAAACCAAACUUAAGAAAAGAGUAAAAGAUUACUCCUCAAAUGUGUACAAGGCCUUCCAUAAAAAUGAGACUCUUUUGAAGUCUGACACUGUCUGCAUGAAAGAGAACCCCUUCUAUGUAGAUACAGUCAGAGAUUUCAGAGAUAGAAGGUACCAGUUCAAGAAAUUGACCAAACAGUGGGCUGUAAAGACUAAGGAAGCUGCUAAAGAAGGAAAUGCAAAAGAAGAAACAAGAUGCUCAAAUCUUUCUACACUCUAUGAAUCCUUACAACUUGCUCAUAAGAUUAUCCUAAAUUCCUUCUAUGGGUACGUUAUGAGAAGAGGAGCUAGAUGGUACUCAAUGGAAAUGGCAGCUAUAGUUACCCACACUGGAGGAUGUAUCAUCAGAGAUGCUAGAAUGCUACUUGAGCAAUUUGGAAUUCCUCUAGAAUUAGAUACAGAUGGUGUCUGGUGUCUCUUACCCCAAGGAUUUCCAGAGGUAUUUGACUUGAAGCUCAAGAAUGGCAAGAAGAUUCCAUUUGAGUAUAUCUGCUCCAUGUGUAAUAUCGCUAUCUAUGAUAGAUACGCCAAUACUCAGUACCAAACCCUGGUCAAUUCUGAGAAGAAGAUUUAUGAGACAAGAAAAGAGAUGUCGAUCUUCUUUGAAAUUGAUGGUCCUUACAAAUGUAUGAUGCUCCCUGCCUCUAAAGAAGAAGGAAAGAUGCUUAAGAAGAGAUAUGCUGUUUUCAAUCAUAAAGGAAAAAUGACUGAGAUGAAGGGAUUCGAGUUGAAAAGAAGAGGAGAACUUCAAAUAAUCAAGAUCUUCCAGUCUGAAGUUUUUGACAAAUUUUUGGCGGGAACUAAUAUCCAAGAAUGAUACAACGCUUGUGGUGAAGUUGCUGAACAAUGGUACAAUAUUUUAGAAACCCAAGCUGAAUACAUUACUGACGAUGAGCUUAUUGACUACAUUGCUGAAUCAAGAAUGAUGAGCAAACCCCUCAUCGAGUAUGGAAAGAGUAAGAGCACCUCCAUCACUUGUGCAAAGAGAAUGGCUGAAAUUUUAGGAGAGGAGUUGGUCAAAGAUAAAGGUCUUAAUGUGACUUUUAUUAUUUCAAGACUGCCAGAAGAUAUGCCUAUUUCUGAAAGAGCUAUCCCUAUUAUUGCCUUCCAGACUGACCCAAGCAUUAUGAGGAAAUUUAUCAGGAAGUGGACUAAUGAUCCUUCUCUCACCAACUUUGAUAUGAGAAAUCUCAUUGACUGGAAAUACUACAAAGAAAGAGUUGGUAACACAAUUUUAAAAAUCGUGACCAUCCCAGCUGCACUUCAGGGAUGCGAUAACCCUUUUCCUAAUGUACCUUACCCUGAUUGGUUGGUUAAGAAGGUAAAAGAGCUGAACUCCAUUUUUAAACAGAAGUCCUUAAAUGAUUAUUUCAAGUUUUCCAAAAAGCCAUCUCAGUUGCUUGCAAGCAAAGUCCAGAACAUCGAAGACAUCGGCGCUUCCAAGUUUAAAUACAGAGAACUCACCGAAGAAGAAAAGAAAGUCCUUGAGCAAAAGAAGGAAAAAGAAAGACUCAAGAAAGAAGAAGAGAGAAAGAUCGAGGAGCAAGAGAAGAACCCCACUCCGAUCGAGGAAAAUUUCCAAGACUGGCUCAAAUACCAGAAAAAGUUCUGGAGGAAAUAUAGAAAGCAGAGAAAGGUAGACCCAAUGGCCUUGGAGAAGAAUACAGGCAUUGAUUCGAUGCUUAAGAAUUUUGAUCAGUACUUUUUAAAUAGUUCUCUUCAAAUUCUUCAUAUUCAGCCAACACCUAUCCCAGGAGUUUUACAGUUAUGGGUAAGACUACAAAAUAACUUGAUGUAUCCGAUUAAACUGCAGGUAAACAGAAUGUUCUAUAUCAACUCAAAGGUUCCUCAAGAAGGUGGUACGAAAGUGAUGAAGUCUUUACCAAGACAGAGAGAUAUGAAAUACAAGCAGUACCAUUUGUAUCAGAUCGAGCAAGAUGAGAAAUCUUUCAUUGAGAAUUAUGGAGAAUUGAUCCACUAUCAUAUCUCUAAUGCUAAUAUCGAUGGAGUAUACGAGACUCAUAUUCCACUUGAAUACAGAGCUCUCCUUGAACUUGGCUCAUUAGUCAAGCCAAUAGCUAAGAAGAUUGACAAAUCAGAAAGUGCUCUGAAUAGAGAGUAUAAGAUGAGCGAGUUCCAAGCUGAGAACAGAGGAAGUAUGGAAACCUUUGGUGAACUUCCUCAUAUUCUGAUUCAUUAUACUCACACAAAAAUGAACCAUUUCAUUGGUGUGCAUAUUCCAGAGGCUAAGCAAGUAGCUACAUUUACUAUAUCUGAUAAGAAGCUCAGCAAGAUCAAUAAUCUUAUUGGAAUCAAAUUCAAGAAGACUCUGGAAGAGGUUGAUCUUGAGAACAUCAUCGAAUAUGACAAAUUCGAUUAUAAGCACUACACCAAGCUUGAAGAUGCCUUUGCUGAGGUUGAUAAACUUGUACUGAAUUACAAGAAAACCAACAAGUAUGCCUUCACCACUAACAUUCAUACUUCUACUCCUAUUGAGAAGAUAAAGUCUUACGGACUGACUUGUCUGAGCGGAAAAGUACCUUAUAUCCUCUCUGAAGCUACUUUUGAAGAGAAUGCUUUCCCUGCACUUGACUGGGCUUACUAUGCUACAGAAGGAUUCUGUAACAGAUGAGUCAGAACGGGACUUGAACUCAGAGAAAAAGAGUAUCUCUCCCUUUUCUCAGGAAUCCCACUUGGAAACUCCAGUACAGAUAUGAUGAUCCAAAUCAUUGAUGUUCUCUAUUCCAGGGAACUUAUUGCAUCAAAACAUGUUCUCUGGUACUCGGAUACAGGACUCCCAGACCUUGGCGGUAAUGAAGAUGCUGAUUUCAGAAGAUAUUUUGACCAAUUAGAUUCUAACUCAGAGAUGUCUUACCCAGGAUUCUACAGGACACAGUGAGUAGAGAUAGACAUUUCCCUGCUUUGUAUUAAUGCUAUUAUUCAGAGUGACCAACUGUUUGAUUUUAACAAGACUAAGAGGGAAAUCAAUGUCUCUGCUAUUCAGAAAGAUCAAUCUAUUAACGAUACCACCUUUGAAGAAGAAAAAUUAGCUAAUAAGCUAAGUGAUGAAAUUGAAUCCUUCGAGUCCUGUACAGCCUCUUUUGAGAAACUCAAGAAGGUCUUUAUUGUCUGGCUCAGCGAGAUAAAGAAAAAUGUAAAAUACUCAGAUGUACUUCUAUCCCAUGCCUAUAGAUGGCUAUCAUCUGGAGAAGCUAAGCUUUAUGACCCACAAUUAUUCAACUUUGUGAAUAGUCUGAUGCAGAAGUGCUUCACAGAGCUUUGUAAGAAGAUCCAAGCUUGUGGAUCACAACUAGUGUUCUCUUCCUUCAACAAAAUUAUUAUUGAUACUAAAAGAGCCAACUCAGAGCAAGCUACUAAUUAUGUUGAAUACAUGGUCGAGACAAUCCAGAAGGAGUCAAUGUUUAAAUACAUCAGUUUUGAAGUGAACAAGCAAUGGUCUACUCUCUUGUUCAAGGAUAGAUUUAACUACGCAGGUCUCUACUCAGACAAUGAUGAAAAGAUAGUAGGAGAGUUCAAUCUCCAAGACCAUCUUCCUCCCAACCUCAAGUCUCCCUUCAUGGCUAUUAUCGGUAACUUCAUCAAAGAGACGCAUCAAUUCAACCUGAAGAACAGGAAGAAUGUGAUAAGAGUUGAGAAUCAAGAUACAAGUAUUUACCAGAACCAAAAGAAGGAAGACCUCUUGGAUAUCUCAAAAUCAAACCCUAACAAGGGAUAUGAUGAUCCCUACCUCGGCAAGUUUGCUGCUUGCCAAAUGGAUCAGCAUCUUGACAAUCUACAGGACAUUACAGAAGUAGAAGAUCUCCAGUUCGCUAGGAAGUACAUCAGCAAAGAUGUCACAAAAAUGGUGUUCGAGCUUAUGGAUGAAAUUCAGGUCAAGAUCAACCAGUUCAGCUUUGAUAAGCGGGUCUAUGAUGACGAUGACAAGGAAAAUAUGAUAGAUGAAGACGAGGGAGGCUGGCAAUUCGUUCCACAGCUAGGGUCACAUCUCAAGCAGCAAAACAUUCAACUUGAGUUUAUCAAAUAUAUUUGUGAAAUCCUUGGCCUUGAUGAGUAUCUGAACCAAACUGCUAAUAUCCUGAAGAGAGGAUGCUUGAAGAAGUUAAAGCUAAAGGAGUUCCAAGAAGGAAAUAAAUUUGAAGAACCAUCCCUCGAACUUGUUUUACCUCAGGUCACUUGUAGCUCAUGCCAAAUGACGACUAACUUAAACAUCUGUAAGGAGUACACAGAUUCAAGAAAUGGAUGGAUAUGUCAAGAAUGUGACUCUUUGUUCAAGCCCAAUUAUAUCGAGAAGAAGUUUAUCGAACUCCUCAAUGCUAGAUUGAUCUCGUAUCAGAUUCAGGAUAUCGAGUGUAGAAGCUGCCAUUUAAUUAAGAACACUUUACUAGGCAAGUUAUGCAAUUGCUCUGGAAAGUUCAAAAACACUCAUUGUGAUAUCAAGCUUAAGGACUUACAGAACAAGAACUUGUUGAACCAACAUGCUGAUAUCAGAAUUUUGAUAGAGUUGCUUUGGAAUAUUUCUAAGAAACAAGAGAUGAAAUUACUCCAAUGCAUGACAGAAUCCAGAAGCAAAAUUCUUGGACUAAAUCUCCAAGAACUCUAUUAAGUAAAAUCAUCAUAAUUCAAUUUAAAUUCAUC